CAGUCUGUGGGCUGAACCUUACACAAUGGGGAGGUGUGUGAGAGAUCAGUCCUCCCUACAGACGUCCUCCAUAUUCUUGUAAAGGGUUUCAAUGGAAAUUUAUACACUUAGAAUUGUCCCCUGUUGCUUCCUGUAACUUCCUUCUGUGUCCCUGACAUUCCCAUCCCCUGUACUCACAUCUCCAGCCUCAUCUACUGGGUUCUCCAGAGAUGGAAACAAGGAGGUUAGAGGGGAAAUGGGAGAAUGAAGAGCCGGACACUGAGGAUCCUCUGGACACAAUAAAGAGGGAAAUGGAUCCCGUUCCUGGGGCCGACAAUUCCUUGAAUAACAAAUGGAGGUCAGGUUCCGAGAGAUCCAUUCAAUUAAGAGCAGCAGCAGUUCAGGUUCUUCACACCAUCGGCUCCUCUAACUCACCAGUUGAAGCCGAGGAGUCUUCAUGCCCAAGGAAUGAGAAGGUCAGUGAAGGAGGGAAACCAUAUAACUGCUCUAAGUGUGGGGAGCCAUUCAGCACAAAGGCCCUUCUCUCCGCUCAUAAACCGAUUCACCAAAAGAAGGAACCAAAAUGUGGGAGAAGCUCCUCUAAGAAGAAGCAGAGACAUCUGAGAAGUCAAGCAAAGGAUAAUCCUGUUACAUGUAGAGAACUGGAAGAUAAAUUCUCAGAGAAACCCCACUGUAAGAAGGGCAGUCUGAACACAGGCUCCAAUAUUCACAACAAGGAGAAACCAUACACGUGCACAGAAUGUGGUUUAAGUUUCACUGCAAUGGCCAAGCUGCUUCGACAUCAAGGUAAUCAGACAGUGGAGAAACUCUUUUCUUGUCCCUUUUGUGGGAAAUGUUUCCCUCGGAAUAACUGCCGUCUCAGCCACCAGAAAAUAUGUGGGAAAAGCUUCUCUAAUCUUCACACUCACCAGAUCAACCAAAACAAAACCAAACCCUUCACCUGUUUUGAGUGUGGUGAAACGUUCUCUCAGAUAGGCACCCUCCGCUCACACCAGAGAAUCCAUACUGGGGAGAAGCCAUUUAGUUGCACGGAAUGCGGAAAAACCUUCUCACAGAUGAGCACCCUUCGCUCCCACCAGAGAAUCCACACAGGGGAGAAACCAUUCACUUGCUCAGAAUGUGGCAAAAGCUUCUCUUUAAACAGCACCCUUCACACCCACCAAAGGUACCACAGAAAGGAGAACAAUUUUGUUUGUGGAGAAUGUGGAAAUAGAUGUUAUACAAAAAGCCAACUUCUCCAGCAUCAAAGAAUUCACACCGGGGAGAAACCAUUCAUCUGCACUUCAUGUGGAAGAAGCUUCACUCGUAAAAAGAGCCUUCAGGAUCACCAGAGGCUUCACACAAGGGAAAAGACUGAGCUAGAGGAAAGCGGCACCACUUUGUGUGCUUAGGAAAACAUGAACAAUGCAACAGAAAUAUCACGUGGCAAAGAUACUUUAGGGUUAGUAGUGUUCCAAAGAUACUUGUCCAAGUCUUCUCGGCUGCAAUUCUUCCUUAUUCUUCCUUAUCUCUAUGGGUUUGGUGGUUUGUUACAAGUAUAACUAAUAAUGCUGGGGUUGAAAGUAUAGAUGCACCGAAUUCGCUAUUUGGGAUUCAGACGAACUCCCGAAUCCUUAGUGAAAGAUUCAGCCGAAUACUGAACCGAAUCCUACUUCCUUUACGAUACGUGAGUUCCCUUCCUGCCCCUAAUUUGCAUAUGCAAAUUCAGAUUCCGUUCAGCCAGACACAAGUAUUUGGCCGAAUCCUGCUGAAAAAGGCCGAAUCCCGAACCUGUUAAAAGCAGAGUGAGCCUUGGAUUCACGGAGGUUUUAUUAGUAGGAGGACCAGAAAUACUGCAGCUCUAACUGUAACAGGAAGAGAUCACCUGACCAGAAAUACUGCAGCUCUAACUGUAACAGGAAGAGAUCACCUGACCAGAAAUACUGCAGCUCUAACUGUAACAGGAA